GCUGCUCCUAAGGACGAAACCAACAUGAGUGGGGGAGGGGAGCAGGCCGACAUCCUGCCGGCCAACUACGUGGUCAAGGAUCGCUGGAAGGUGCUGAAAAAGAUUGGAGGUGGGGGCUUUGGUGAGAUCUACGAGGCCAUGGACCUGCUGACCAGAGAGAACGUGGCCCUCAAGGUGGAGUCAGCCCAGCAGCCCAAGCAGGUCCUCAAGAUGGAGGUGGCCGUGCUCAAAAAGCUGCAAGGGAAAGACCACGUGUGCCGGUUCAUUGGCUGCGGCCGGAACGAGAAGUUUAACUACGUGGUGAUGCAGCUCCAGGGCCGGAACCUGGCGGACCUGCGCCGCAGCCAGCCGCGAGGCACCUUCACGCUGAGCACCACGCUGCGGCUGGGCAAGCAGAUCCUGGAGUCCAUCGAGGCCAUCCACUCCGUGGGCUUCCUGCACCGAGACAUCAAGCCGUCGAACUUCGCCAUGGGCCGGCUGCCGUCCACCUACAGGAAGUGCUACAUGCUGGACUUCGGGCUGGCCCGGCAGUACACCAACACCACGGGGGACGUUCGGCCCCCUCGGAACGUGGCCGGGUUUCGGGGGACUGUUCGGUACGCCUCGGUCAACGCCCACAAGAACCGGGAGAUGGGCCGCCACGAUGACCUGUGGUCCCUCUUCUACAUGUUGGUGGAGUUUGCGGUGGGGCAGCUGCCCUGGAGGAAGAUCAAGGACAAGGAGCAGGUAGGGAUGAUCAAGGAGAAGUAUGAGCACCGGAUGCUGCUGAAGCACAUGCCCUCUGAGUUCCACCUGUUCCUGGACCACAUCGCCAGCCUCGACUACUUCACCAAGCCCGAUUACCAGCUGAUCAUGUCGGUGUUUGAGAACAGCAUGAAGGAGAGGGGCAUCGCGGAGAACGAGGCCUUCGACUGGGAGAAGGCUGGCACGGACGCGCUCCUGUCCACGAGCACCUCCACCCCGCCCCAGCAGAACACGCGGCAGACGGCAGCCAUGUUCGGGGUGGUCAACGUGACGCCGGUGCCUGGAGACCUGCUCCGGGAGAACACGGAGGACGUGCUGCAGGGCGAGCACCUGAGCGACCAGGAGAACGCACCCCCAAUCCUGCCUGGGCGGCUCCCCGAGGGGCUGGGCCCCGGCCCCCUUCUCGCCCCCCACCCCGGGGGCCCCGAAGCUGAAGUCUGGGAGGAGACAGAUGUCAACAGGAACAAACUCCGGAUCAACAUCGGCAAAACCCCCUGCGUGGCGGAAGAGGAGCAGAACCGAGGGGUGGGGGUCCCCAGCUCUCCGGUGCGAGCCCCUCCAGACUCACCGACAACCCCCGUGCGGUCUCUGCGCUACCGGAGGGUCAACAGCCCAGAGUCGGAGAGGCUCUCCACUGCGGACGGGCGGGCGGAGCUACACGAGAGGAGGUCACGAAUGGAUCUGCCCGGCUCGCCCUCGCGCCAGGCCUGCUCCUCGCAGCCGGCCCAGAUGCUGUCAGUGGACACGGGCCAGGCCGACCGGCAGGCCAGCGGCCGCAUGGACGUGUCAGCCUCCGUGGAACAGGAGGCCCUGAGCAACGCCUUCCGCUCGGUGCCGCUGGCCGAGGAGGAGGACUUCGACAGCAAGGAGUGGGUCAUCAUUGACAAGGAGACAGAGCUCAAGGACUUCCCACCGGGGGCCGAGCCCAGCACAUCGGGCACCACGGACGAGGAGCCGGAGGAGCUGCGGCCGCUGCCCGAGGAGGGCGAGGAGCGGCGGCGGCCAGGGCCAGAGCCCAGCGCCCGGCCCCGGGGACGCUGCAUGCAGACGCUGGCCGAGGAGGACCUGCGACAGACACCGUGCCAGUUCCCGCCACCCCAGCUGAGCCAGGCCGAUGGGCGGUCAGAGACCUCGCAGCCCCCCACGCCCGGCAGCCCUUCCCACUCACCCUUGCACUCCGGACCCCGCCCUCGACGGAGAGAGUCGGAUCCCACUGGCCCUCAGAGGCAGAGUGGCUCCAGCAGUGAGGGGAGCGAGAGGAGCACCGACCGGAGCCAGGAGGGCGCCCCGUCCACGCUGCUGGCUGAUGACCAGAAGGAGUCCAGGGGCCGGGCCUCCAUGGCUGACGGGGACCUGGAGCCUGAGGAGGGCUCCAAAACGCUGGUGCUCGUCUCCCCUGGUGACAUGAAGAAGUCGCCUGUCACUGCCGACCUGGCCCCUGACCCUGACCUGGGCACCCUGGCUGCCCUCACUCCUCAGAACGAGCGGCCCCAGCCCACCGGCAGCCAGCUGGACGUGUCUGAGCCAGGCACCCUGUCCUCCAUCCUCAAGUCUGAGCCCAAGCCCCCCGGGCCUGGGACGGGGCUGGGGACCGGGGCGGUCACCGCAGGGGCCGGGGGAGUGGCAGUCACCUCCUCACCCUUCACCAAAGUUGAGAGGACCUUCGUACACAUUGCAGAGAAAACCCACCUCAACGUCAUGUCUUCCGGUGGGCAAGCCUCACGGCCGGAGGAGCUCAGCUCUGGGGGCGAGCUGGGCCAGGAGGUGCCCUCUGAGGGGAGGGCUGCAGAGGAGGGGACCUCUGUGCCCCUGGAGAACGGUAUUGCCCAGUCAGGGCUGGAGAGCUGUGCCCUGCCUGGCCCUCCUGGGGACACCCCCAUGGAGGUGGCCAUGGACUCACUGCCCAGUGGAUCACCCCUUGUCGAUGGGCCAGCCCCAGCAUCCCCGCUGGAACCAGACCCCGAGAAACUGGCCACCAUCUCCCCCAGCCACCGUGCCAUGCCAGGCCCUCGCUGCAGGAGCCGCAUCCCUGUGCUGCUGUCGGAGGAGGACACUGGUUCGGAGCCCUCGGGUUCACUGUCGGCCAAAGAGCGGUGGAGCAAGCGGGGGAGACCCCAGCAGGACCUGGCCCGGCUGGUGAUGGAGAAGAGGCAGGGCCGCCUGCUGCUGCGGCUGGCCUCUGGGGCCUCCUCCUCCUCCAGCGAGGAGCAGCGCCGCGCCUCUGAGACGUUCUCGGGCACAGGCUCCGAGGAGGACAUGCCCGCCUCUGAGCCCUCGGUGCCCAGGAAGGCCGGGCGGGCGGCUGCCACCCGGAGCCGGAUUCCCCGCCCCAUCAGCAUCCGCAUGCCCACGCCUGCCCCAGCCCAGCAGUCCCCUGGCAGACCCCAUGGUGCGGCCCCAGCAUCGGACACAGCCAUCACCAGCAGGCUCCAGCUGCAGAAGCCUCCAGGGUCGGCCAUUGCUGCCGACUUCCGUCCCAAACAGCCCCUUGGCCGGGGCCAGGGCCCAGGGCGAGGCCAAGCCAGCACCAGGCCCCCAGCCCCGCGCAGUCCGGGCCUCCCUGCCUCCACCGCGCGCAAUUCCAGCGCGUCCCCCCGCAGCCAGUCCCUGUCCCGCAAAGAGAGCCCCUCACCCUCGCACCAGGCCCGGCCUGGAGGGCCCCCACCCCGAGGCGCUUCACAGGCCCGGGCCGAGCCCGAUGGCACCCCCUCCCUAGGGGGGCCCAAGAAAGGACCCAGAGGGAAACUCCAGACUCAGCGCGCAGCAACCAAAGGCCGGGCAGGUGUCGCGGAGGGCCGGGCCGGGGCCAGAUAA